AUGUUGUGCAGGUUACAAUUACGAUGUACCUGUUUAGGAGGAAUUCUUUGCAGAUCCUUGAGUUCUGCAGAGGUUUCUACAGCAUUAAGGCCAUUUUAUUUUAGUGUGCAUCCUGAUUUGUUUGGGAAAUACCCAGAACAAAGAAAAAUAAAUGAACAUUCUCUGCAACAGCUAAGUGCAUUAAUAGAAGCUCAACAAUCUAGUCGAAACAUGUCCAUUCCUGCACUCUCUUUUUAUUUAAGGCAAAAAGAUAUGCCUGAAGGUAAUUUCAAAUUAGUUAAAAUAUAUCUAAAUAGCAAAAAUGUAAGAGAAACUGUAGUAAAAAUUUUGAAUGCCUGUGAUAUAUCAACUAAUUAUGUAGACAAGAUUCCAAGAAGCUCAAGUAAAAUAGAUAAUAGAAAUAUUGAUUUCACAAAAGCAUAUGAAGAGUACAACUCUGAGUUUGAAAAAGCUGUAAAAAUGAAAAGGAAAGUUGAAGAAAAAAGAUCUAUCUCCAAUAUAAUAGAAUGGAUAACAGAAAAUAGUAAAGAUGGAAGGAAUAAAUAUGAAAUGACAAGUCCAACAAGACAACAAGUGAAUUCUCUCAUAGAACAACUCUGCAAUACAUAUGGUAUAAAAGAAGUUAAGUAUGAUAGCGGUUGGAACAUAAGUCAUAUUAGAGGAGCACUUCAAAGUCUUACCUCCAUGGCUUCACAACAUUCAAAACAUAUUAUGGAUAAUUUAAAAGGCAGGACUAUCGCUUUAGGACAAUUUACAGGAGUCAGUUUGGAUGGAGAUAUAUUUCUGAACAUUAUGGACGUUAGAAAUGAAUGGCUAUCGCUAAUAAAAAAAGUGAGCUUUGAAGAUAGUGCCUUAACACAAAUACCCAACUAUGAGAAAGCUUUAUCUAGCAUAUUAAGAGAUAUACACAUUUGUAGAAGAAAAUUUAUGCCAAAAGUUUCUGCAGCACAAUAUUGCAGUCACCUCAGACAGUUGAUAACAUCUAUAGGAGACUUUUAUGGACGCGGAAAAAAGAUCCCAGACUGUGUACCCGAAUCUCUUAGUAAAUAUGAAAUAGUUGUUGAACCUGAAGCGGGUCCCCUGAUGGUGUCACCCACGGGGCAAUUCAUCACGCCGGCGUCGUGUCCCGCGGACGAGCUGGUCGCCUUCAUCGCCGCGCAUCUGGACGAGGCAACGCUCUUGCUAACUGAAUACAGCAUUAAUAAACAUGUAGAAAAGGCGAUAUGGAAAGAAGUGAAGGAAAGAUAUGGUUUAUUGGAUCUUAGAAAAGACGACAGUAUCAUUCCAGCCCUCAUGAUUCGUUGUUGUGAGAGACUUCUCACUCGGAUAGACAAGCUAGACACGAAAUUACGAGGCAACAUUCUAUGCGUGACUCAUUAUUAUUCCGUGUUGUCGGAAGGUGUGUUGUGUAUACCCUGGAAUUUCGAA